AUGGGUCCUCGAGUCAAAAGGCGCCGCCUGACAAACCCUGAAGAUCUAAGCGAUGAGAUCUGCCAGCCUGCAACCCGUCUGGAUAAAGACAGCUGGAGUGGAUUCUGCGAGAUUGAAUCCGAACCGGCUUUAUUCAACGUCAUGCUACGGGAAUUUGGGGUCAAAGGCGUCAAGGUCCAAGAAGUCGUUUCCCUCGACGAAGAGAUGAUGGCCUUGCUUGAUAAGCCUGUUUACGGCUUGAUCUUUCUCUUCCGCUGGCGUGAAGACGAGGAUGGAAAGCAAGAAGUCACUUGUCCGGACGGAUUGUGGUUCGCAAACCAGACUGCCAAUAAUGCUUGUGCCAGUGUGGCCUUACUGAACAUUGUUAACAAUAUCCCAGAUAUCGAUUUAGGAGAGAAUUUGAAGUCCUUCAAGGAGUUUACUAUGUCUUUCACCCCAGCCUUGCGUGGGAAUGCCAUCAACAACUUUGAGUUUGUGAAGAGGAUACACAACUCUUUUGCACGGAAAAUGGAUAUUCUCAAUUCAGAUAUGCAGCUCAAGACUGAAGCAUCUGUCAAGAGAAAGGGUAAAGACGAUGCCGAUGAGGAGUCAGAUGCCACCUUCCACUUUAUCGCAUUUAUGCCUGUUAUGGGCCAGUUGUGGAAGUUCGACGGUCUAGAGCGUCAACCACGGGCACUUGGGGAAUGUUCUGAACACGACUGGCUGGAACUGGUCAAGCCUAAUCUUUUGGACCGAAUGGCUGCAUACGAAGAAGGUCAGAUUGAGUUCUCGAUUCUGGGACUCGUGCGCGACCCUCUACCUGAUCUCAUCAAGGAGUUGGCCACCAACGUGAGAGCCCUGGAGAUCUUAAAUGGACGUGCCACCGAUCCCAUUGUCCAGGCUGAUACGAUAAUCGGCCCUGAGCCCUCGUUGUCCCUCACACGCGAAGAGAUCGAUGCAGUGGUACUCCCCCAAGAUACCCUCGAUGAGUAUCGGACAUGUACAGAGGACAAGUUGAAGGAGUACCAGCAGACCCUAAUCGGCGGGCAGUGGGAACUUCGAGCACGUAUUCGUGAAGAGCAGCAAUCCCACCGAUCAGAUGACGAGCACGCAGCCGGUCGACGAUUUGACUAUGGACCGGCAGUACGAACGUGGUUGCGACGUUUGGCGCAGAAGAAACGGCUGCAGGAAUUAUCCACCCUCGUGGGCAAUUGA